AUGAAAAACCACUCUAUGAUCAAUGAAUUUGUGCUCUUGGGCAUAUCAGACACACCAGAAGUUCAGGUUGUGAUUUUUAUCUUUUUGUUUAUUGCUUAUAUAUUAAGUGUCACUGGAAACCUAACCAUCAUCACUCUCACCUUGCUAGACUCCCAGUUAAAGACUUCUAUGUAAUUCUUCCUCCGGAAUUUCUCCUUAGAAAUUAUAUUCACCAGUGUUUCCAUUCCUAGAUUUUUGGAGGCAAUAAUCACUAAAGUCAAGACCAUUUCCUAUAACAAUUGUCUGACUCAGUUAUUUUUCUUCAUCUCCAUGGGAGUGUCUGAAUUCUUUCUUCUAACCGCUGUGUCUUAUGAUUGCUAUGUUGCCAUCUGCAAGCCAUUGCACUAUACCCUCAUCAUGAAUCAGAAAGUCUGCACACUUCUUGUCCUCACCUCAUGGAUGGGAGGGUUUCUGACCAUCUUUCCAUUGCUCAUGUUAUUUCUCAAGUUAGACUUUUGUGCUUCGAAUAUCAUUGAUCACUUCUGCUGUGACUACUUCCCCAUUCUGCAGCUCUCCUGCUCAGAUACAUGGUUUUUAGAGACAAUAGGCUUUUACUUUGCAUUUGUUACUCUGUUGUUCACACUGGCUUUAGUGAUCUUGUCAUACAUUUGCAUCAUCAGCACCAUUCUGAGGUUCCCAUCUGCCAGUCAGAGGAAAAAGGCUUUCUCCACCUGUUCCUCUCACAUGAUUGUCAUCUCCAUCUCUUAUGGCAGCUGCAUUUUCAUGUAUGUCAAACCUUCUGCAAAUGAAAGAGCAUCACUGACCAGAGGAGUGGCUCUUCUCAAUACCUCAAUUGCUCCCAUGCUGAACCCUUUUAUAUACACCUUGAGAAAUCAACAAGUAAAACAAGCCUUCAAGGAGUUGAUUAAUAAAGUAGUUUUGAUAGGAAAAAAAUGA